AUCCCAAAAAAAAAACCUGUUCAUUCAAAUAAAUUACAGUAAAUUGGUUCAACAAAAUUCAAAUCUUUUCUUUAUCAAGUAUUGUUUUGGUUAUGAUCAUAAAAUUUCUCUAAAAUAUAUAAUAUAUUCUUCAAUGUAGAAGAUAGUAAAAUAAAUGGUGCAAUAAUGGCGAAGUACAAUAAAACUUUACAUCUCAUAGCUUCCAAACUUGGUAUCAGUGACGAAGAAAAAGUUUUAAGGAAAGCAGCUGAGUUUGAACGACUCUUAGAAACAAAAUCUACGGCUGGCAGCAACAUUACUGAUACAAGUAAAGUUGUUAUAUGCUUGGACUUGGCUGCUAGUUUGUAUGGUACUGAAUUUGAUGUUAAGCAAGCAAUUAAGUAUUCUGGUCUGAGGCCAACAGUGUAUGCAAACAGCAAGAAAAUAAUAUCAAAUCGACUAGAAUUGGAUGUCGAUAGACUCAGUGUUGCAGUUCUUUGUGCUAGCUUACAAAACAGUGGUGUUCAGGCGCUAGCUGAGAAAAUACUUGAGCAGUACAAGCAGUACAGUAAAGUAGAAUUGGAUAUGAGUCUUCCUCAGUAUGUGUGUAUGGCUGUUUACCAAGCUUGCAGGAUAAGCAAAGUUAAAGUAUCAAAGAGUAAAAUAAUUGAAAAGGCUAGAUUAAAGCCAGCCCAGUGGAAUAAAUUAGAAGCUGACUGGAGUCAAUUUGCCGAUACACACUUUGCGGUCAAAAAGAGAGGCAAGAAAGAAGUUAAAAAUUCUAUUGAAAACGUCGAAGAAAAUGUACCAAUGGAAGUGGACAGUAGUAAACAAGAGGAGCCAAUUGAAACAUUUGAACCGUACGAACAGUGGAAGAAACGAAUGCUCGAUUCUGCGUAUUCAGAGUUAAAGGAGCUAGAGAAAUCACAAAGCGACAAGUUGAAGGAUAUGGUGAUGUCACCAAGAAGGUCUCCACGUAAAACACCACAAAAGUAUUCUCCGUAUAAAAGUUUGAAUACAAAAGGUAGUGUGCGGCUGCUUUUUCCCAUUGAAAGUAACUAAACGAAUGAACUGUAUAUACCAUACCCUCACAUACAUACGUAACAUAAAUAGGUACUCAAGUAGAUUUUUUAAUUAUUGACUUUGGAUUUAUUAAUUAAUUCUUCAUUUGACAUCCCUAAAACUCUGUUAAAAGAGUUUAAAAUUGCUACUAAUUGGCUUCUCCAGAUAAAAUGAUGGUUUUAACCAAAGUCAUAACAGAUAGUUUCUGUCACAAUUUUGCUGGUAAGGCCUCGGAUCUUUCUAUGUUGUUCCACUUAGUACUUUACUCAAUAAUUUAUUACACGACUUGCCAAAAAAAGAAGUAUUUUUCGAGGGUAUUAAUUUUGUAUUUAUUCCACAAUUAAUCGCAUGAAUGAGUAUAUGAAUUAUCAUUAGAAUCUUAACAUCAUCCUGAGUGACAUGGCUAUAUUUUAUUUUGGGGUGCAUCCAAGCCAAUCUUUGUAUAGCUUAAACGGGUUUUAAAUUUCAGACCCAACCCUUCAAAUUAUACUUAUUUUGACUCUAGCAAGUGGCAUGGCACUGAAUUUUAGUUGUUAGUUUAGUGAUUUAAUGAAUGACAUUGUUUGGUUGGAACUUUAGGUUUUAAGUUCAAAUUCAAGUUUGAGACUGUUUUUGAAUGUUAUUUUAAAGUUGAGUCAGAUAAAAGGGUUUCGAAUUUUUGUUUUUAAUUUAGCGAAUUUAUCCCGCCAAUUUUAGUUAAUUAUCUACAUUAAACUUUUUUUUACAUGUUGCCAUUAGUAAAAACUUAAUAUUAAAUUCUGUGUUGUUUUUGACAUAAAUACGUUAAUUUUUGUAUGGAUUCAAAUUGUAAAUUGUUCAAUUAAGCGUUGUAUGUAUUUAAUUUAUUAAUGUAAUUUUAAGAGCUUAAUAAAAUAUUUUUUAAAGAAAAA